AGUAUUAAAAGUAACAACAGUAGCAGCUCAAACUUCACUCUGCUAACUUCUCUUCUAUUUUCUGCAUGUUAUUAGUUCUGUAACAAGUAAUCUGUUUUUUUAUUUUGCGAUGGGCUCAAGGGUGAUCUCCAGUGCAAAGGAGUUUUACAAUACUCUUCGGUGUGUUUUUUUCGUUUGUUUGAAGGUCUCUCCAAGAUCAGGAAAGCAACAAUCCAUGUAUCUAUGAGGAGGACACUCAAAUCUUAAAGAUGAAUGGAAACAAAAUCCCUGUGCUGAAUAUAUACUGUGGAAACCAGCCUGUCUUCAUUUGUGAAAAACCUGUUCCAAAAAUAUAUGAACCCGAUGAUCAACCAAUGACUAAAACAUCUAACUGCGCUAAUGAAGAUACUGCUAAUGAAGAUACUGCUAAUGAAGAUACUGCUAAUGAAGAUGAUGAUGAUGAAGAUGAUGAGGACGAUGCCAAUUCUCUCCCAGAAUUGGGACCACAGCCGCUCACAAUAAUGAAAGCAAGGCAGUUGCUGUCUUGGUAUACAUUAUCUCAAAAUGCUAAUGUAUCAGCUGUGGACAACAACCCUGUCUUACACCCGCUGUGGGUGCGAUGUGACAUGUCGGAUCCGGCUAGAACAGCCUGGGUCGGAGCUGAAACCGUCUGCACGGGCAAUAAAGUGUCUGCUGUCAAAUUGUAUUCCAUUACCUGCAAGGGCUCUACUGUGGACAAAAAAGCUCUCAUAACCCUGGACGUGCUUAAACAGGAGCACAAGAAAAGGCACCCCCCAUCCUCGACAGCGAUUAAAGGCAGUGCCAGGUUCAGCUUGUUUGGCUCCACUGUUGUUGAAAACACCACGGUUGAGUCACAGAACAGUGUGACGGUGGAUUUCAAAUGGAGCCAUGUGGAGAGUGUCCUGGAGACCCCUCCCCUGUCCUCUACAGCAACACUGAAUAUCAGAGUUGCCAUUGGGGACAUGAGGAGCCCGAUGUACGAGAUGUACAGGGAGCUAGAGUUUCUUCAGUCUCUUGCAGAUGGUUUAAGAACUGGUGAGACUGAAUGGAUUGAGCCUUUGGAAAGCACAUCAGCUGUAAACCUGACCAAGGCGUUCCUAGAAGAGCUUCAGGGCACUGCAAAGACACUACAGGAAGAUGCUGCAAAAACAGCUGAGAACUCAAAGCCGUCGACAGACAUGGACACUCCCAUUUUCAACUCUUUCUUGGAACGAGGCGAUUUGGAUUUCGUGGAGCAGCUGUGGGUUCGGAUGAGAAAGAGUGUGACUUCAUAUCAAGAUAUUGGAGACUGCCUGAAAUUGGUCACAGAAGCUCUAAGAUACGGUUACAUCAAACCCUGGAUCCACAGAGACAGCAGCAGCUCUCUCAGUAAGCUCAUCCUGCAGUCGUACCACCAGCAGAUCGACCACGUGUCUCUCACAGGUGUCACCCCUGUCCACAUGCUGCUGGAGAUGGGACUGGACAAGAUGAGAAAGGAUUACAUUAACUACCUCAUUGGUGAAGAAUUGACAACCCUCAACCACUUGUGUUAUUUCCUGAGCACUGAGGUUGACCCCCAGGAGCAAGUGAUCAGACUCCGGAAACUGCACCACCUGCUGGAAGUAAUCAUGACCUGCGGUACUUUCCUGGGUCUGCCCUACGACAGACUUUUCCUUCUCACACAAUCAUGUCUGCAGCACUACAAAACAUACCCAUAUGAUGAGGAGCAUGAAUUCAAACUGCAAAUCAAACCUGCGCUGAUCAGCCAUUUCUACCAGAAAGAGAACCCAGUGCUGUGGAGGGCCGAGGUGUCCAGUGGCCACGGCUCCCGUGAGGUCCGGACCUCCGUACAGCUGAGUGACAGACCGCUGGUGGAUCAUGUCGUCUUUGAAGCAGAUCCAAAUGAAACAGUGAAUGUGGACAGUGAGGAUCCGGCCUUCUUCACCACCAUGGUUUGCUGCAGUCUCGUCAACUUUGCAUGAGUUUACACACAGAGCACAACUUAACGACAAAGAGGCGUUUAUUGUCAUUAUCUAUUUUCUCCUCAGCAAUUAACAUGUUUUAAAUUUGCCAUUUGAACUUUCCAGAAUACCUUAUACCACAUCACAAAGUGUAUGUUUUUAUUAAUAUACUGUAUUAUUGUCAAUUGUUUUGAAAAAAUAAAUAUAAGUUUUUUUGA